AUGCUAGGAGGAAGUAAGGGCUACCUUCUUUUUUUAGCGGCUUCUUCUGCGUUAGCAGAGACGUUGCCAGCAUGGUCGUUCUCCAAUUCUUCUAGCUACAAUCCAUCGUCAAGUGUGGAAAUAGCACCACUGUCGUUCCAUUAUUAUAAUUCUUCGUAUAUGCCCUCACAGGAACCUACAUCGGAAAACACGACACCUAUUGAGUCUUUUACACUGGAGGAAAAUACCACUACUGAGAAAGAACUGAUAACCACAGAUAUUGUCUCAUCAGUAUCUAACCCUGAAACAUCUAAUACCGAACCUGGUACUUCUAUUGAAGCUGGCACUUCAACAGAAAUGGAAACAGAUACUGGUACUAUUUCUGAAGAGACGUCCACUCCACUUGUUACAAACCCUGAAGAAUCAUCUACUGAAAGCUCCUCUUCUUCAACAUCUUCCUUGCCUUUAGAAUUCCAAGGUAAAAGAGAUGACUCUCAAGCCGGCUUUGUUUUAACUGUUCCAGGUUGGUUAACUCCAUUCAUAGCCAACAUUGAAACAUUUGGUUUUGUAUACUCGGAAGUUCUCAUUUACAUUGAAGGAAUAACUCCUAUUCCUUCUACAUGGUAUUCAGUGUUUGCUGUUGAUAACAUCACUACCUUCUCUUUCUUAUACGCAAACUUAGCUGACGAUGAGAUGGUAAAGAUGAUGUUUGUGUAUCCAACAACCGAGUUUGGUUUCUUUGUCUCAAGAUUGGUUCUUGUCUUAAACGAUAGACUGUCAUUACCCCUUAAGAGGAGAGAAGAGUUAGGGUUGAAGAAGCGUGAUUUUGUUACCGUGACAAUGGAUGCAACUGCUACCGUUAGUGAUGUCUUUUCUUCAACUUCAGAUACUCUUGAUUUCCCAACUGAUGUUCCAGCUGUUCAGAUUCCAAGUUUCAGCGCCACCCCAACCUCAGGUGCUAUUUCAGAAGCUA